AUGCACCCUCAGGCAGUAGUAUCAACAGAAGCACAGCUUCGAGCAUCAUCUCCAGAUUUUUCUUCACUUUCAUGUGAAGAACUUGAACAAUUAGAACUUGUUCUACAAAAACAAGUUUUAAUUGAAAAUGAACAAAUACAACGUUUAGCUGGUUUACGUCGUACUAUGAUUCAUCUUCAACAAACAAUUGAAAAUGAUCAAAAAAGAUUACGAACUUUAUCAUCAUCAUCUAUUUCACAUAAUUCUUCACCAGUACAAUUAAAUCACUCUAUAUUAACAUCAUCGGAUAUUGUCGAAUGUUAUAUUUGUUUGUCAACAAUUGAACUUCAAACAAAUAGUUUUAAGCUUUCAUCACCUAUUCUUUGUGCUGAUUGCCAUCGACCUGUAUGUCGACGAUGUGGAAAUUAUACAUCACCGGAAUCCACUCCAUCACAUUAUGCAAUACAUUUAGAAAAUCAAAAUUAUGCAUCAAAGUGGCGUUGUCGUAUGUGUAUUGUACGCCGUGAAGUUGUUCGGAAGUCUGGUACGUGCUUGAAUAAAGGAAAAUAA